AUGAAGUCUUUUGCGGCAAAGGUGGGAGAAGGAGUUAAAGGGGAAAAUGGGAAGCCGUCGGUAGGUCCGGUUUACCGGAAUCUUUUGUCAGAAAAAGGUUUUCCUCCGAUGGAUUCUGAAAUAACCACUGCUUGGGACAUUUUCAGUAAAGCAGUGGAGAAAUUCCCUGACAAUAAGAUGCUUGGAUGGCGUCAAAUCGUAGAUGAUAAGGUUGGACCGUAUCUGUGGAAAACGUACAAGGAAGCUUAUGAAGAAGUUUUGCAGAUCGGGUCUGCAUUACGAGCUACCGGAGCUGAGCCUGGGUGUCGAGUGGGGAUCUAUGGAGUGAACUGCCCUCAGUGGAUCAUAGCAAUGGAGGCUUGUGCAGCUCAAACUCUAAUCUGUGUACCUUUAUAUGAUACAUUGGGUUCUGGAGCAGUCGAUUAUAUAGUUGAUCACGCGGAAAUCGACUUUGUGUUCGUCCAAGACACCAAGAUUAAAGGACUUCUUGAGCCAGAUUGCAAAUGCGCAAAACGGGUAAAAGCUAUAGUUUCCUUCACUAACGUGAGCGAAGAACAUAGCCUCAAGGCUUCAGAAAUUGGAGUCAAAAUAUACUCUUGGCUCGAAUUUCUCCGUAUGGGACGUGAGAAACCGGAAGAGACGAAUCCACCUAAGCCGUUUAACAUAUGCACCAUAAUGUAUACGAGCGGCACGAGCGGUGACCCUAAAGGUGUGGUUUUGACUCACGAAGCGGUUGCGACUUACGUUGUUGGGAUGGAUCUCUACAUGGAUCAGUUUGAAGACAAGAUGACACAUGAGGAUGUAUAUCUUUCCUUCUUGCCGUUGGCUCAUAUUCUUGAUCGUAUGAAUGAGGAAUACUUCUUUCGCAAAGGCGCUUCCGUCGGCUACUACCAUGGAGAUUUGAAUGUGUUACGUGACGACAUUCAAGAAUUGAAGCCUACUUAUCUAGCUGGAGUUCCAAGAGUGUUUGAGAGAAUCCAUGAGGGGAUUCAAAAGGCUCUUCAAGAACUCAACCCAAGAAGGAGAUUUAUCUUCAAUGCUCUUUACAAACACAAGCUUACGUGGUUGAAUCGUGGAUACUCUCACAGUAAAGCUUCACCUAUGGCUGAUUUCAUAGCUUUCAGAAAGAUAAGAGACAAAUUGGGAGGUCGAAUCCGUUUGCUAGUAUCUGGAGGAGCACCAUUGAGCCCUGAGAUUGAAGAGUUCUUGAGAGUUACUUGUUGUUGCUUUGUCGUCCAAGGCUACGGUCUAACGGAGACGCUGGGAGGAACGGCUUUGGGUUUCCCAGACGAGAUAUGUAUGCUAGGAACGGUCGGCAUUCCGGCGGUUUACAACGAGAUACGGCUUGAGGAGGUGGCGGAAAUGGGCUACGACCCACUCGGGGAAAAUCCGGCAGGGGAGAUCUGUAUAAGAGGAAAAUGUUUGUUUUCUGGGUAUUACAAGAACCCUGAACUCACUGAAGAAGUCAUGAAAGACGGAUGGUUCCAUACAGGAGAUAUAGGUGAGAUCCAACCAAAUGGAGUACUUAAGAUAAUCGAUCGUAAAAAGAAUCUGAUCAAACUCUCUCAAGGAGAGUACGUUGCUCUUGAGAACUUGGAAAACAUCUACGGGCAAAACAAUGUUGUCCAAGAUAUAUGGGUUUAUGGAGACAGCUUCAAAUCUAUGCUUGUCGCUGUGAUUGUUCCCAACCCAGAAACUGUGAACCGUUGGGCAAAAGAUCUUGGUUUCACUAAAUCAUUCGAAGAACUCUGCUCUCUUCCGGAGUUACAAGAACACAUCAUUUUAGAACUGGAGUCCACAGCAGAGAAGAACAAGCUAAGAAGGUUUGAGUACAUCAAAGCUGUGACGGUGGAGAAAAAACCUUUCGACGUUGAAAGAGAUUUAGUGACUGCGACGCUAAAGAAUCGGAGGAACAAUCUUCUCAAGUACUAUCAGGUACAAAUCGACGAAAUGUACCGAAAAUUGGCAUCAAAGAAAAACUGA